ACAUUUGAAAGAAAAAAAAAGGAAAAGUUUGUAUAUGUCUAUGUACAAAAACUAGAGGUGGUUAAUUGUUUUCCACUUCUAUCUCUAGUUGGUCUCAUUUCAAUGGCUACUUCAACAAUGAACAUUGAAACUCCAGAGACUCUAGGACCACACCAAAAUGGCAAUUCAAAGCCCCAUAUAGAAGAAACGAUCGAAGCCAAAAACUGGCUGUUACUCAUUAUUAAUUGCGCGUUAGUUUUUUGUGGUGUUAUAGGAUGUCCUCUCUUAAUGAGACUAUACUAUCUUCAUGGUGGUAGUCGUAAAUGGCUUACUGCUAGUUUGGAAGCUGCUGGUUUCCCAGUUCUCAUAUUUCCUCUCAUUUUUCUCUAUAUUAAAUCGAAAUCGUCAACGCAGAACAACGAUCAAAGUACUUCCUUCUGUAUGGAACCAAAACUGUUUCUUUGGAGUGCCAUAGUUGGAAUUGGGUAUGGUGUUGCUCAUUUCAUGUACGCAUGGGGUUUCUCUUAUCUUCCAGUAUCAACUUCGACAAUUCUAUCCGCUACUCAGCUGUGUUUCACAGCAUUUUUCGCAUGGUUAAUCGUGAAACAAAAGAUUACAGCAUUUAUUAUAAAUGCAGUAGUUGUAAUGACACUUGGAUCAGUUUUGUUGGGUAUUAAUACCAACGGCGAUAGACCAAUUGGGGUAUCGAAAGCUCGGUAUUUACAGGGGUUUCUUUUAACGUUGGCUGCUUCUGUUUUAUGUGGCUCCAUGAUGCCUUUAAUUGAGCUUGCUUACAGUAAAGCAACAAGAAAUGUCACAUAUGCUACUUUGUUGCAGUUCCAAAUCACGCUUAGCCUGGUUGCAACCGGCUUGGACGUCAUUGGGAUGCUUAUAAACAAGGAUUUUCAGGCAAUACAUAGAGAAGCAGACGAGUUCGGGCUUGGGAAAAGCAAGUAUUAUAUGAUAAUAAUCUUCACUGCAUUAACAUCCCAAUUAGCAUCUAUUGGAUUCCUAGGCGUGAUUUUGUACACAAAUGCUCUUUUCAUCGGUAUAUACGGAUCAGUUCUCCUUCCGUUCAUCGAAGUAGCAGGCGUCAUAUUUUUCCAUGAGAGUUUCACAGGGUUAAAAGGAAUGGCGUUGGCAUUAUGUCUUUGGGGUUUCUCUUCUUACUUCUAUGGAGAGUACAAGUUGAUGAAUAAAGCGGGUAAUAAUAAAAGUGCAGUCGAGAAAAUUGAUGAGAAAGUCGAAAAUGAGCCCAAAAAAUUAGAUGAUCAAGAACCACCGUACAAUACUGUAUGAAUACAUGUUUUCCAAUGUUUUCUCUUCCAUAUUAAAUAAUUUGGCUAGUAAAGGAAGAAUUUUGAGAUUUUUUGUGAAAAAAUAUACUAUAUAAAGGUUUUGGGAGCCCUUGUAAGCUGGGGUGACUGAAUAUGUAUAAAUGCUUUUGCUUUUGAGUAAUUUAUAUAUAUGCUUGUUAUGUCUGAA